AUGGCUAAUCUAAUUGUUACAGACAAUAAUCAUGCAGGUUUUAUUGCAGUUCAUAUUGGUGCUGGUCUACAAUCUCAAGCACGAUUACCACAGUAUCGUGAAACGAUAAAACGUGCUUGCUUGCAAGGAAUUAAAUUAUUAAAUAGUGGAAAGAAUGCAUCGGAAGCAGCAUGUAUUGCUGUUGCUGUACUUGAAGAUUGUCCAUUAACAAAUGCUGGUAUUGGUUCAAAUUUAACUUUAGAUGGAAAUAUUGAAUGUGAUGCAUCGAUUAUGGAUGAAGAUAGUUAUGGAGCAAUAGGAGCUGUUUCAGGUAUACAAAAUCCAAUAACAUUAGCAUGGGCAUUAUUACAUACUCAAAAACAAGGUCUUAUGGAUGGUGGACGAAUACCUCCAUGUUUACUUGUUGGUGAUGGUGCUAAACAAUGGGCACAAGAAACUGGUAUUCCAUUAAUUGAUAGUCAACAAAUGAAAACAGAGAAUAGUACAUAUAUGUUCGAAAAAUAUAAACGCAAAUUAGAUGAUACUACAGUGGAAUCAACUAAAAAAUUGAAAACGAAUGAUAAUGAACGAUUAGAUACAGUCGGUGCUAUUGUCAUCGAUCGAAAUGGUAAUGUAGCAGCAGCUGCAUCAAGUGGUGGAAUACUAUUGAAACAUUCUGGUCGUGUAGGGCAUUCUGCAAUGUUUGGUUGUGGUUGUUGGGCUGAACGAAACGAUGCAUGUUCAGUUGCAAUUGCAUCUUCAGGUACUGGCGAAUUUCUUAUGAAAAGUUUAUUUUCAAAAUCAAUAUGUGACGCUUGUUCAUUCGAUGAUCUUACACCAGAAACAAUACGAAUAUAUUUAAAUAAAAUAUUUUUAAAUCGAAUAAUGACACCAAUAAAUGCAGAUAAAUAUUUUGGAUUUAUUUUAUUAAAAAUGAUUACAAAUGAAAAUCAAAGUCGAUUAGUAGAAUUUCUUUGUGCACAUAAUACUCAAACAAUGUUUAUUGGGUAUAUGACUACAAAUCAAAGCAAAGUUACAACUGUAUUUUCUGAAUUAAAAUCCAAUGAUCCUCUAUCAAUAAAUAUCGAUUCAAUUCAUUUAACAUAA